CUGCACCAUUUUUUCCUACUCAUUCAUUGUUCUUGAUAUUAACUUUGGCAACUUAGUAUUAUUUCAUAAUAUGCUUAUAUUCUUUGUCAAAAACAACAAGGCGCAGUGUAAACUUGAUUUAUAUUUGAUUUCAACACGAGCCAUGACUACGAGCAGGCAAAGGACGCUGAUCAUCCAUGAUGCUUCGAAGCAGCUCAGUAUCCCUCUUAGGAGCAUUGUGGUUCAGUUAUCGCUCAGAUAUGGUAGCAUCAUCAAGCUUCUUGUGAUCACCGAAGCUUUUACCGAGAAACAUAGAUUUCAUGCUAAUAGAUGUGGCCUCGUGCUAAAAUCCAAGACGGAUUCAAGUGCAACGAUUAACAAACGCAAGGCAGAUAUCAAAGAAGAAGCUUACAAGACACUUGUCAGAUACUCAACCUCACUGGAGUUCAAAGAGAUGUUGGUUGCUGCAGAUAUGUUACAGGUUGAAUUUGGGAUCACAGUAGAAGCCGGCAUGCUGAAAGAAAUAGCAGUCGAAUACGCCAAAAGUUACCAGGCCACACAUGUAGUUCUCGGAAGGAAACUGAGGAAAGAAGCACAAUACUUCAUCAAAAACUUGUCUUGUGGAAUAUCAAUGAUCAAAUCUGACCACACCAUUCAGAUUUUAAGAGCACCUCAAAUCGACGAAGCUGGCACGAAAGAAGGGGUUACUACCAACCAGAAGAAUAGGGAAGGGUGGGACAGUAGCCACUUGCUAUGUUGUUCAUGUAGAAACACAAGGCCAUGGUAUAGACAGAAGAUGAACUUCACUUAUGCUGAGCUGCAGAUUGCAACAAACGGCUUCUGCUCUCAGAACUUGAUGUCUGAUCACGGAAGCAAGGCCUAUCUCGGUAUGUUGAACGGUCAGAGGAAAAUCCUGAUUAGGGAGACCCCUUCAGUAACAAUGGGAGAGGAAGAUUAUCAGAGAGAGGUUCGGAUGCUGGAGGGAGUUAGGCAUUCGAAUGUGGCAUUGCUCAUAGGAUCGUGCUCAGGGGGACCAAACAGAUUCCUCGUGUAUGAGUACAUCUGCAACGGCUCUCUCAAUACACAUUUAUCUGACGAAAACAAGAAGCUGACAUGGGAAAUACGAAUAAACAUAGCAUACGGUGCAGCUAAAGGGCUGGCAUACUUGCAUGAAGAAGGAAUCUACGGAAGCAUGAGGCCAAGCAACAUCCUUGUAACUCAUGAUUUUCAACCAAUGCUGUCGUACUACGGAUUUAUGACUGAAUACGAGACGUCAGGAGAGCGGUCAGGGAAGAGAUCAGCCAUGAAGACUUUUGAACACUUAGCACCAGAGUAUGAUGAAACUGGGAAAGAAGUGAGUAAAGCUGAUGUGUUUGCGUUUGGCGUGGUACUUCUCGAGCUGAUCACAGGGAGAAAGACGAUAGAAGACACGGACGGCCAAAGCUACUUGAGAUGGGCGAGGCCGCUGCUAAGGCAAAAGAAAUACACAGAACUGACGGAUCCUACGCUGAAAGAUAGCCCCGAUGUUUACCAGCUCUACUGGCUGGUUCGCAUGGCGGAUAAAUGCCUCAGCUUGGAUCCAAAGAGUAGAUACUCAAUGAACAAGGUUGUGAAAGCAUUGUCGGACGUUAUAAAUCGUUGUGGUGUUGAAGAAUUCUCUCCUACUGAAUCUGAACUGUGACCUUAGUUGGCUAGAUAUGGGAAUUUGGUGUAUAUUAGUUCUAUCUAUUGAGGGCUAAGUCAUGUUUUUCUUUGAUCAUACAUUGGAUCUGUUACAUUUAGAAUUUAAGGGGUAUGUCUGCUUUAUGUCAACUAUUCACGAA